GCGCGGGCGCGGCGGCCGCCGGGCCGCCCGGCGGCGCGCGGCCCAGGCGGGGGGGGGCGACCUUCCCGCGGCCCGAGGGGCACCGGGCACCUUCGCCAUCUGCGGGGGGAGCUCAGCGCCCAGAGCGGAGCCGCCAAGACUGCGGACUCCGACGGAGGCUGUGGGUGAUUGGGCUUCGAGCACCAUCGACGAGACGGCCGCGGCACGCAUAUGCGCGGCCAG